AUGCCAGAGUGUGACAUCAGUGACAAAGGCAACCAACUGCAGGAGCAGAGGAGAGAGAAAGUGAUCAAGAUGCAUUCUCAGAGGUCCGUGUCCAGUCUGAAGCUGGGGAAGCUAAAGGUGGUGCGGCGGCAGCUGCUGCAGAGGUAUGAGCACCAGCCGUUUGUGUCGUGUCUGGCUGGUCUGUACGGCUGUCAAUGGAGACGCUACCAGAGGGCCAAGUCACAGCCUGGGGAGUGCUGCUGCAGCAGGGUGGAGUGUGGGAGCGUGGUCCUCCUGGUCCUGACCUUCCUUCUCUCCUCUCUGUUCCUCUACUUCUGGAGCCAGGCUCACAACGAUUACAAUGAAUUUGACUGGUUUAACUUUGAGACUCUGGGAUUCUGGUUCCCCUGGUCUCUGUUGCUGCUGGUUGUUGCUGCUGCUCUGUUCACCUACAUCUCUCUGCUGCUGGUACUGGCAGUGUGUUUACUGUCUGAGGGACAGAGGCUGUACCUUCACUGGAGUCACAAGAUGGGGAUCGUGGUGACCAUGGCGUUCUCUGUCAGUGCCACGGCAGUUCUCUCUGAGGUGUGGAGUAAAGAGUGGAAGACCCUCCUCCUCUCCCUGCAGGUCACAGCCCCCUUUCUUCAUGUAGGCGUGGUUUUAUUGAUGACUCUCCUGUCCUGGUCAAUAGCGCUGCACUUUUUUCGUAUGAACAAGAGAGUGGAUCAGGUGUGUCUGUUGGGUGUGUACCUGAGUGUAUUGUUCAGUCUGUACCUGGUUCCGCUGGCCAUGUAUUCUCCCUGCAUCAGAGACUCUGGAACCCUGGGGCCAAAACCAACACUCCUCGGACACAGAGGAGCUCCCAUGCUUGCUCCAGAGAAUACUCUAAUGUCCUUUGAGAGCGCAGUGGAGGCUGGAGUGGACGGGUUGGAGACUGACGUCACUAUAAGUGCUGAUGGCGUUCCGUUUGUGAUGCAUGACCUCACCCUGCAGAGGACCACUAACGUAGAAGAGGUGUUUCCUAACAGAACACACACACCUGCUGCCCUAUUCACCUGGUCUGAUGUACAGCAGCUCAACGCUGGGGCCUGGUUUCUCUCUUGGGAUCCGUUUGGCACGGUGUCCUCUCUGUCUCCAGAGCAGCGAGCGCUAGCUGGCAAUCAGACGGUUCCCUCCCUGGCUGAAGUUCUGGACGUAGCAAAUCGGGCGGGCAGGACAGUGCUGUUUGACCUGAGACAACCUCCGCCUGGACACCCUUACAGAGACAACUACCUCAACAUCACCCUGGACCUCAUACACACACACAUCAACUCCAGCCAGGUGCUGUGGCUGCCAUCAGAUCAGAGAGAGGAGAUACAGCAGGUGGAUCCAGAGCUGCAACAGACAGCAGGACAGACUGCCUCUAUACAGGAACUACAGAACAACCACAUCACUACCCUCAACCUGCACUACAGCACCAUGUCUCUACAGCACAUCAGUAAGUACAGGUCGGUGAACAUCAGUGUGAACCUGUAUGUAGUGAACCAGCCGUGGCUUUACUCUCUGGCCUGGUGCAGUGGAGCAUCCUCUGUUACCACCAACAACAUGCUACUGAGAGAUAUACACACACCGCUGCUGCUUGUGACUCCAGAGCAGUACAGUGUGAUGUGGGUUCUGACUGACCUGGUCUCUGCUGCUCUCAUCGUCUGUGUCUUCAUAUUCCACUGGUGGCGUGAGCGAGGCCUACACUUCUGGUCAGGCAGUCGACAGACACAUGAGACCGGGCCUUAUAGCAAGUUCAGGACCGAUCCAAUGGAAUCAGGGUGGGGUCGAUGGAAUCCCUUCCACUCAGAGUCUCCCACUAGAACUCUCAUCUCCCUCCCAAUGGGCCUCAACCCAUGAACCACUCAACUCGUGAACCCUGCAUGAACCAAUGAACCUCCCAUGAACCCACAAACCCUCUGGUUCUCAACCCUUGAAACCUGCAUGAACCACUGAACCUCCCAUUAACUAUUCCCAAACCCCAAACCUUUGGACCUCAACCCACACAUAAACCCUGCACCAACCCCUCACCUGAACUCCAACUACCACACCCCUGACCUCUAACCCCUAACCUUUGCCCAGCAGAGCUCAGCGACGUCUGGUCCAUCUCCAGUGGGAAUGUCAGAACGGAACUACGGACCCCCAGUACCCUCCACACCAUCACAGAGGAGUAACACA